CUCGGCACCUGACCAAUCGCAGCGGAGAUGUGUCACGAAAGCCACACCCCCCUUCACGCCCACCAGACCAGGGGGCGUGUCCCCCGAGUUCAGGGGGAGGGGAAAAGCGACGCGGCCCUUCUGCGACGCGAGAUCCCGCCCCCUCUUCUCUCUGCCAUUGGCGAGCGAGGAUUUCAGCGGCUUCCGGCGGCCUCGCGAGAGAGAGGUGGGGGGGGCGAAACGGUCUCCAAUGGUGACCAGUAGCUGUGACUGGCGAGGGGGAAGGAGAAUGGAGGUGGGGUGCAGGAGCUAACGUUUAAAAGAUAGGAAAUAACGGCAAAACGAGCGCUUAGGCGUUGUUAUUUUCCCACCAGCCCGUUGUGUGUGUGUGUGUGAGAGACAGGCGGCGGGGUGGGUGCUCAGCGCUCCGCCCUCACCUCUGCAGAGCCGCGGCUGACCGCCCGGCUGGGCACCUCCGAGCCCCGGCGACGUGUUGGGUUGAGCGGCUUUUUGUUUUCCACCUGAGGAUACCAAGCAGGUUGAAAACCGUCUGAAAUGGACGAGCAAAGUGUGGAGGUGGGUCAGAACGUGGGCGUCCGUGUAGCAGGAAGUCCUGGGUCUGCCUGCUUUAGUAUUGCGGAAGUGUUUCGCUGCUUCAUCUGCAUGGAGAAACUGCGGGACGCGCGGCUUUGUCCGCACUGCUCCAAGCUCUGCUGCUUCAGCUGCAUUCGACGCUGGCUGACAGAGCAGAGAGCCCAGUGCCCUCAUUGCCGGGCGCCGCUGCAGCUGCGGGAGCUGGUGAACUGCCGCUGGGCCGAGGAGGUGACCCAGCAGCUCGACACCCUGCAGCUCUGCAACCUCUCCAAGCACGAGGAGAAUGACAAAGACAAGUGUGAGAAUCACCACGAGAAGCUCAGUGUCUUUUGCUGGACCUGCAAGAAGUGCAUCUGCCACCAGUGUGCUCUGUGGGGUGGGAUGCACGGUGGCCACACGUUCAAGCCCCUGGCGGAGAUCUACGAGCAGCACGUGACCAAAGUGAACGAGGAGGUGGCCAAGCUGCGGCGCCGGCUCAUGGAGCUGAUCAGCCUGGUGCAGGAAGUGGAGAGGAAUGUAGAGGCAGUGCGCGGGGCGAAGGACGAGCGCGUGAGGGAGAUCCGCAACGCUGUAGAGAUGAUGAUCGCCCGGCUGGAUAAUCAGCUCAAGAACAAACUCAUCACGCUUAUGGGACAGAAGACCUCUCUGACACAGGAGACAGAGCUGCUAGAGUCUCUACUACAGGAAGUGGAGCAUCAGGGUAUUCUGCGUUGUCCUUUGGUUUGUGGAGGGAACUGUAUGCGCAGUUUAGGUGGAGAAUGUGAACUGCGCUCCUGCAGUAAGAGUGAGCUCAUCUCCAAGAGCCCCGAGAUCCUGCUCAUGUUCCAGCAGGUGCACCGCAAGCCCAUGGCCUCCUUCGUCACGACUCCCGUUCCCCCAGACUUCACCAGUGAGCUGGUUCCUGCGUAUGAUUCUAGCACUUUUGUUCUGGCAAACUUUAGCACUCUGAGGCAGAGAGCAGACCCUGUGUACAGUCCGCCUCUGCAGAUAUCCGGGCUGUGUUGGAGACUCAAGGUCUAUCCAGAUGGCAAUGGAGUGGUGCGUGGGAACUACCUGUCAGUCUUCCUGGAGCUGUCAGCAGGGCUCCCCGAGACAUCCAAGUAUGAGUAUCGGGUGGAGAUGGUGCACCAGGCCUCCAGUGACCCCACUAAAAACAUCAUUCGGGAGUUCGCCUCAGAUUUCGAGGUGGGAGAGUGCUGGGGCUACAACCGCUUUUUCAGGCUGGACCUGCUGGCCAGCGAGGGAUACCUCAACAUGCAGACAGACACGCUCGUCCUGAGGUACCAGGUGCGCUCUCCCACAUUCUUCCAGAAGUGCCGAGACCAGUACUGGUACAUCAGCCAGCUGGAGGCCGCGCAGACCAGCUAUAUUCAGCAGAUAAACAAUCUGAAGGAGAGGCUUGCCAUCGAGCUGUUUCGGAGGCAGAAGUCCCGUAGCUCCUCCCCGCCUGACCGCCGCCUGUGUCCCUCUGCCUCCGAGAGGGACCCCCGAGCCGGAAAGGGGGCUGUGACGGAGGAGUGCACGCAGGCUGGGGCUGGGGAGGAGAAAGAGGAGGAGGAGGAGGAAGAGGAGAAGACCCAGCAGGACGACUCGAAUGAGCUGUCGGACGGAGACCUGGAGGUGGACUGCCUGACCGGCGACGAGGAGCUCAACCCCCUGGAUGGCAGCAGCACCUCGGGCAGCUCCACCGCCACCAGCAACACUGAAGAAAACGACAUCGACGAGGAGACCAUGUCUGGGGAGAAUGACGUGGAGUACAGCGGGAACCUGGAGAUGGAAGAGGGGGAGCUGCCCGAGGACGUGGCUGGGGCAGCAGGGGGCUUGAACCCAUCCGCGCGCUCCCAGCGGCGAGGACCUGCCGGCCUGGCAGCCGCCACCAGCAGCAGCCUGCUGGAGAUCGACCCCGUCAUCCUCAUUCAGCUGCUGGACCUGAAGGACCGGAGCAGUGUGGAGUCCCUGUGGGGGCUGCAGCCUCGGCCCCCUGCCUCCGUGCUGCACAGCGCAGUUCCAGCCCAUUCUCGGAAGGAACGGGACCGGCGACCGCAGGCAGUGCGCCGGUCAGCCCCGGACUCUGGGGUCCUUAUCCGGCUGAAGGCUCAGAUGGCCGAGGUGCGCAGUAAGAUGUCAGAUGUGAAGUGCCAGCUGGAGGCGCGAGGGGCUGCGGUGCCCGUUGCGGGGGAGCCCAGGGCAGGGCUGUCGGGGAGUCUAGCAGAGCACGCAGCUCGAGCAGACCCUGAUGCCCCAGGCAGGAAACCGAGUGAGCUGGACCUCCUGAGCAAGAGCGCUGUAGCCGGCCGCCACUGUCGGAGUGGGAAGAAGACUGCGUCCCCGAAACAGGAGCUCGGUGGUGGGGUGAGCGGCCUGCUUCUGCGGCGGGCAGCUGACAGCGUGGACAAGGAGCUGCGGGGACAGUUGGAUUGCGACUCGCCCAGCGAAGCACGGGCAGCUCCUGGGGACACCAGCAGCGAAGGCGCCUCGAAGCAGCGGACUGUGCACAGCUCCCCGCCUUCGAUGGGCAGCGCCUGCUCUUCUGACAAACCAUCCAGCUCUAAAAAUGAGGACCAGGCCUUUGGAGCCACUGGCACAGACUUCUUUGAGAUCUCGGGCCUCAAUGGGAUUGUUCAGAUGAACAAGAUGCGCAGAGUCCCCACAAUGGGGGCCGGCCUUCUGACAGAUGGUACUCUGGACGGUGACUCAGAGGGGACCAGUGAGAUCCGAGAGUCUCUGCUCGCUCUUUCUGAAGGAAGCUCCUCAAGACUGGAAGAAAGCUCGCUGUGCCAGAAGCAGGUGAUCCACCUCCUCCCGGGGAUGAGCAGCGACAGCGAGAUUGACUGCGACACCGAGAACGAAGAGGAGACUGUGGCCCUGGAGGCAGGGGACUGCAGAUACGACACCAGGCCGCUGCCUGUCACAGGGGAGCAGCUGAGCUCUGAAGACCUAGGCUUUGUCAUAGGGGAAGCGACAGAGAGGUGAUUCCUCUCCUGAGGCGCCGACUGCAUCGUCUUGCGAUGGCUGCUCACUCCAUUGUACACACACCGCAUGGGGAGGCUUCGUCUUUCCUCUGCUCAGGCCAUGCUCUUGUUUCCACUCACCCUCUCAGCAGUAAAGGUAUGGUACGUUCUGUGGGGAAAGUCACGCACAUUGCAGACCCCAAGUCAGUUGGCCACUGAAUUGGCAUUCAGGACUCUGCGUUAAAUACUGAAAAGGGAAACGGGGGAGGUGAUGCCAUCACCUGAACUUUCCUCAUCUUCUCUGAAGAGGACCACCUGCGAGAGACAGACUUGUAUGUCCAUUGCAUUGACUUCAUAGACAUCCGUUUGAAAACCAGUUCUUAAUUAUAAUACACUUAGGCCUUGUGUUACUGGUGAUUGUUCUUCAGUCAUAAGAGAAAGUAUAUUAUCUCUGAUGUAGGAUGAUGACAAUAUAAAUUUGGCAGCACUCUGUGCUUUUUUUUUGUAAAGGUAUUCUUCGCCUGUUGAAUUGAAAGUGUCCUUUUUCUUAUGAGAAGGCUGACUAUAAGGGAAAAUUAUCUCUGUGGAAGUGGUCAGCAUUGGUGUUUGCCCACGUUAAAGUAGAACACUAAACUCCCUGCUUGUGCAUUUCUUCCUUUAUUGGCUCUGAAAAACACAUGGUCAUAGAACCACAUGGGCUGCAGACAUGAUUAACAAUCUCUUGUUAAUGUCAUGUUUAUACCAUCUGGAUGAUGUAUGUUUGAGGUUUUUGCCUGUCCUUUACGUUUGCUUAGACGUCAGCUGAAAUCUCUGGAAGACAUUUAGCAAAGCUCAGCUGCAAUGGAGCAAUACGCUAAAUAAACCGAAACUGGUUCAGUUGGCAUGUUUUUCUGCAAAGCUAAAUUUUCUUUUAUAUCUGGUCAAGGUCUACUCUUUAACUGACAAGAACCUUGUAACUGAAUGCAAAUGGAAGCACAUUAUUUUUAGUAUAAUAGUCUGCUGGCCUUGGCUUUUUAUAGUGGCGUUGUCCAGUUGUACUCACAUUAAUGAUGAGGAUUAGUGAUGUUAUCAAUCGUGUGCUUUCAUUGCCAUUUUUGUACAAAAAUAAAGCAGUUUUUAGUCAUUUUAAUGUUGCAAACCCACACUUCAAACCUAUUCCAGUAUGGCCGUUUUUUCAAAAGACUUGGACCCUGUAUUAUUAGAUCAACUGAAUUAUAAAGAACAAAGAUUGGGAAAGAACUGAGACUCAUCAGCCCCAAAUGAGAAAUCCAUUUACUUUUUGAAAUAUAUUUGAACAUGAAAGUUUAUUUAUAAAUUAAUUUAUUGAAGAAAGAACUUUAUUUUACCUUCUAACUGUUGCAGUUGUGUUUGGUCCUGUAGUGUGUUGAGGUUUUCAUUCUCAGUGGUGUGGUUGGUGGUGUGGCUUUUUCCACAUGUUGCAGUGAUGCCCGAGCACCUGUAUUUUCUACUGGAGCAGUUGCAAUUACUAUUUUCCUUAAAUAUUGGCACUAAUCCUUCGUGUGAGUACUGCAUAGGAAUCUAGCCUCUUGAUCGCGAGGCACUUGUGAAAUAACGUCCUUUCAAGGGGCACUGCUGGGCACGGCAGGGCACGUGAUCUCCUGUUGGCAGCCUUUGUUGGAGCACGUUUAACGCGUUUAACAUGUUCCCGGGCCCAGAGCUUUCCCACAGCUGCUUUGAUGUCUGGAGUAAUUCUUCACUCCCCCCAUGUCAGCACCUGCAGCCACCUUUAAAGAGAACUUGCAAAUCUGUUUUUGGAUGGAACCAUAUGAUAUCUUCUAUUUGUUUUACAUUCCUGUAUGAAGCACUGCAGUAAAGUUUCUGAAGGACCUCAUGGACAGGCCGUGAUUAGGUAGUUUUUCUGUAAAUGUGUAAUCCUGCUUUUUUUCCCCACUUUCACACUACAAACAGGUUUGGACCUUUUUUUCCCUACCCGUAGUGUUGCAUCUUUUUUUAUCUGUGAAUCUGAUGAUGCAGAACAUUUGUGGGAGCCAGUUGUUGCGCUUCCAGCAUGUGAUUCCAAUGCACAACGUUUAAGCAGACACUUGCAGGUGCUCUUACUGUAAUUGAAAAGCUAUUAGACCCUUACAGCAUAAUGUCUGACAAAACUGUCUCAUCCCACAUUAAUAAGCAGUAGUGGGAUGUCAGAAGUAUGUCAGGUUAUAAAUAGUGAACAGUACUUCAGGAAUGCAGCACAUGAAAUCAUGGGGAAAUUAAUAUAUACUGUAUAAGCAUGUAUUAAAAACAACUACCAGCUCUGCUCUGAAAACAGUGGAAAGAAUUUGCAUUGCAGUUAUAAGGAAUACUGUGGAUCCACUUUCCUCUGGUCUGAUGAUGCACCACAUUGCAUGAUAUCCCUUCGCCCUCUUUCCUGCUGUGCCUGGUUGUGCCGGAAACUGCAUGCCUGCUGUAUGAGCUGUGGGGACCACAGAGUUCCCAAAAGAGUUCACACUGUAUUGAAAGGCUGGUCUAUUGAACGGCAUGCCUUGCUGUAUAGUCUUAAGAUAUUGAUCAGCCCUUUUGUAAAUAUUCCUUUAACAUUAUGCAGAGGUUUGCAGUCUGAUGUUCUUACAAGGUAGCCUGAGUUCAAUGUUUUGGACUUCGGGGUUGUCAAGCUGCUGUUAGAUCAGGGGUCUGAAACUUAGGUUCUGGAGGUCCGAGUGUUACACAGUUGGCCUGAUUGUGUAAUUAUCUUCAUCAAUAUAAUACUUCUAACCAGGCUCUGGGGCGGUUUAUGGGGAUCGGCUUUCUUAAUGAAGUGCCAGUCUGUGAUCAACUGUAAAAGACCUUAAGAAAAUCCCCCCAGUUGUCUAAUUUAGAAACUAAUGAAGUUAAUUGUUUAGUUCAUUGCUCAUGUUGGAAAGGCGGCAGCCCCCCAGGACCUGAGUCUGAGAGCCCCGUGUGAGGUGCAGACGUGGGAGCUGGAGCCUGUGCAGAGCCAGGUGUGCUGCUGUUUACAGCUUCACUGCACCAGACACUGAACGAACAGGCUCACCCCUGUGUUUGUGUGCGUGUGUAAUCUGUAAGCAAAUAUAAGUGUCAGUGUUUUUAUUCUGAUAGCGUUUUGUUGGAACUGUGCAAUUGUUUGUUAAAUUUAACAAAGUAAUGAACAAAUAAAAUGUUUAAUUUUUCUUGGA